AAUUUCUUAGUCCUGGGAUGAAGAACUAGAGACAAUUGCACAGAGAUGGGCCAAUCAGUGUAUUAAACAUUAUGACGACUGUAGGAACGAAGAAAGAUUCGAAGUUAUCCAGUAUAUGGCCUGGAAAUCCUCUAUGAAUGAAAAUGAGUUCACUUUAGAAGACUUGAUGGAAACAGCGUAUUAUAAUUUAAUUGAAGUAGGAAGACGUUAUUUUUCCGCAUAUCCGGAUAUUGUACACACAAUAGAAGAUUUUACUUAUAAUCUCUGGGCUAACUUGACAAAGAUCGGGUGCGGACGAAUAAAGUUUAAGGAAUCAAACGGCUUGACUACGCAUCAUAUGGUUUGUAAUUUGGCGUGAAAUAUAGAAAAAAAUGCAUAAAAUAACAUAAAGAAGUAGAUUUGGCCAUCUCCUGAUGACAUAUAAUUUAAAAGAUAAAAAGUAACAAUAUAAAAAAACAAACUUUUUUAUGUAUUGUUUUAUAUAUCAAUAUUUCUUUUAUAUUUAGAACCGGCAAAUUAAUGAAAAUAUCAUUAACAAAUUUUUGGUCAGAAAAGCAGUGUGAUGUAGCUUAGAGAUAAGAAUAUCUUUACAAAGAAAUUAUAUUAUACUAUUAUUGUACUUGUGAGAAAAUAAAUAAAACUAAUCAGCACACAAAA